AUGGCGAAACUGAGGAAAGAAUCUCGAGAUGUUCCUAGUUCCUCCUCCAAACCCCUUCGGAUUCUCGCGUCUGGUACAUUAUUUCUUACCCACACCCUGGCUGUGCCGUGUCAUCCAGCUCCCUCUACGGUGAUACGCGCUUCUUCAGUGUCGACCAUUCGCGGAGGUUCUGCAAGCUCUAUACUUGCUCUUUUAGCACAAUUCUCAAGCCCAGUGGACCCCAUCCUCGUAGCUUCCCUUGGAGGCAGCGAUGAGGGAAAAAUGAUUACAAAAGAACUCGAACGGGAAGGGGUAAACACUCGUUACUGUAAAGUCUGGCCAGAGUCAGGCGUUCCCAGCGCGUGGGUUAUUCAAGCUAUUGAAAACGACACUCGGACUGUAAUAAACCAUAAUCCUUUACCAGACAUAACCCAUGAAGAAUUCGUUUCGCUCCUUGGACCUCUUCUCGUUCCAGAGAAUUAUUACAUGUAUUCUUCUCCUUCGCCUUCCCCAACAUUGACCUCACCCCCUGGUCCGACACCAUCUUUGUCACCCAUGUACCAAUCACCGAACAUUUUGAACCCAAACACUCCAGCUCCGUUUGAUUGGAUUCAUUUUGAAGGAAGAUCUGUGAAAACGACACUAAACAAUAUUACAGGUCUCGAUAGCUUAGCUCGAGAACGCAAAUGGCGAAGCCACUGUGUCUUCAGCGUCGACGUUGGACGUAGAAGCCGACAAGGUAUAGAAGCGCUUAUUCCUCAUGCAGACGUCUUAUUUCUCAACAAACACUACGCGCAAAUGCAUUAUCCCAACUACGCAACCACUCCUCGGGCUUUCCUUCUCUCAUUAACAUCUAUCGCGCCCCCACACGCGCUUCUCGUCGCCCAUUGGGGAUCUGAAGGCGCCGCAGCCUUAUCGCUUCCAACCAAAGAGUAUUUACAAAGUUCUGCCUGGGUAGAAGAACGUCCUCCGCCGCAACCGAGGGCCGCUCGACGUGGACGCCCUCGCGAAGACAAUCAUCUUCACCCUGACACCUCCUUAGUCUCAGACGAUGUCCGCUCUGUAAGAACUGGAAGUGAUUUUUAUGCUGGUGCAAGGAGCAACUCUCCCUCCUCCAGCGCAUUCACCGCUAGAGACAACAGCGGAGUCUACCCAGACUUCCUUUCCGCUCAUACUACAGUUUCGGAGCCACUGACAAGUCCGAAUCCAAAAUCUAGAUCCCGUUCUCGAGGAGGGGCAGGAGGUAUGAGUCAAAUGAGUCCCAUUGCAACCACCACCACUGCUCGUCGGUACGGCCACGACGAGGACGAACUCGACUCAUCGCAGGGAGGGACGGAGGUAACCGAUGAAGACGUUGAUGACGGAGUCGUCGAUGAAGUCGGUGCACAAGACGCGUUCGUGUCUGGGAUGAUAUAUGCAUUGAGCAGACGAAUCCUCCCUGGCGCACCGUUUACCCCUUCAUCUCACGGUGAAGCUGAUCCUAGUGCAUCGUUGGGAGAGAAUGACAAAAAUAGAUGGAGGUUGGAUGAAUGUCUGAGAUUUGCUACCGAACUUGCAGGUCGUAAAGCUCGAAGGCGAAAUUGGGUUGGAUUAGCAGAUGAGAUGGAAAGAGCUGGGUGGUUUGAUGGGUGA